UGUAAGCAUGAUUAUAAUCCAAUCUUCACCAUCUAUAAGUACCUUGGCUUCUUCAGAGUCUAACACAACAGGCUUUAAGCUUAUUUUCUCUCAUUUACAUCAAAUAAUAUUGUUGAUUUAGAAAUAAUUAGCUAAGAUGUUUGGCAUAUUUGAUAGGGAUCAUAGCCAAAAGAUCAAGGGCACUGUGGUGUUGAUGCCCAAAAAUGUUUUGGACUUCAACGCCGUAACGUCUGUCAAACAAGGUGGUUUUCUUGAUGCCGCCGGGAACGUUCUUGAUGCUGCUGGCAGCUUGGUCGGCGGGAUAAUUGACGGUGCAACCGCCUUUUUAGGCCGCAACGUCUCCAUGCGGUUGAUCAGUGCUACCAAGACGGAUGCAAAUGGCAAGGGAUUAGUAGGAAAGGAAGUAUUUUUGGAGAAACAUGUCCCCACUCUACCAACCUUGGGAGCAAGACAAGAUGCAUUUAGUAUUCACUUUGAUUGGGAUGCUGAUUUUGGAAUCCCAGGAGCAUUUUACAUAAGGAAUUACAUGCAAGCUCAUGAGUUCUUUCUUGUUAGUGUAACUUUUGAUGACAUUCCCAAUCAUGAAUCCGUUGAAUUUGUUUGCAAUUCAUGGAUUUACAAUUUCAAAAACUACAAAAAAGAUCGCAUCUUCUUUACCAAUGAUACAUAUCUUCCAAGUCAAACACCAGCUCCAUUAGUCUACUACAGACAAGAAGAAUUGCAAAAUCUAAGAGGAGAUGGUACUGGACAACGAAAAGAAUGGGAAAGAGUUUAUGAUUAUGAUGUCUACAAUGAUCUUGGUGAUCCAGAUGAAGAUGUCAAGCUUGCUCGUCCGGUCCUUGGAGGGUCUAGCACUCAUCCUUACCCUCGAAGGGUUAGAAGUGGUCGAAAACCAACUAAAAAGGAUCCUAAAAGUGAGAGACCAGGUGUGAUGUAUGUUCCAAGAGAUGAAAAUUUUGGACACUUGAAGUCAUCUGACUUCCUUACAUAUGGAAUAAAAUCAUUGUCUCAAGAUGUGUUACCUUUGUUUAAAUCUGUAAUCUUUGAUUUGAAUUUCACUCCAAAUGAGUUUGAUAGCUUCGAUGAAGUGCGUGACUUAUUUGAAGGUGGAAUUGAACUUCCUACACAUAUAUUGAGCAAAAUCAGUCCCUUACCAGUACUCAAGGAAAUUUUCCGCACUGAUGGUGAACAAGUCCUCAAGUUUCCACCACCACAUGUAAUCAGAGUCAGCAAAUCUGCAUGGAUGACUGAUGAAGAAUUUGGAAGAGAGAUGGUUGCUGGAGUAAACCCUUGUGUGAUUCGCCUUCUACAAGAGUUCCCACCGAAAAGCACGUUAGAUAUUGCUGUCUAUGGUGAUCAAACAAGUAUAUUAAAAAAGGAACAUUUGGAGAUUAAUCUAGGUGGGCUCACAGUAGAAAAGGCACUUAAUGGUCAAAGAUUAUUCAUCUUAGAUUAUCAUGAUGCAUUCAUGCCAUUUUUGGAGAAGAUAAACAAAAAUGCCAAAGCUUAUGCAACUAGGACAAUCCUUUUCUUAAAAGAUGAUGGAACUUUGAAGCCAGUGGCCAUAGAAUUGAGUUUACCACAUCCAAAUGGUGUUAAGUAUGGUGCUGAAAGCAAAGUCAUCUUGCCUGCAGACCAAGGUGUUGACAGUACAAUUUGGCUAUUGGCCAAGGCUCAUGUAAUUGUAAAUGAUUCAUGCUACCAUCAACUCAUGAGCCACUGGUUGAAUACUCAUGCAGUGGUUGAGCCAUUCAUCAUAGCAACAAACAGACAUCUUAGUGUUCUUCACCCUAUUAAUAAGUUGCUAGAUCCCCAUUUCCGUGACACAAUAAAUAUCAACGGACUUGCUCGAAAUGCUCUAAUUAAUGCUGAUGGAAUAAUCGAGGAAACAUUUUUACCUGGGCCGAAUUCUGUUGAGAUGUCAUCAGCAGCAUACAAGAAUUGGGUUUUCACUGAUCAAGCAUUACCGGCUGAUCUUAUCAAGAGAGGAUUAGCCGUUGAGGAUCCAUCGUCUCCACAUGGCCUUCGUCUUGUGAUCGAGGACUACCCUUAUGCAGUUGAUGGACUCGAGAUAUGGGAUGCUAUUAAGUCAUGGGUCCAAGACUAUGUUUCCUUGUAUUAUCCAAAUGAUGAGGCAGUACAAAAAGACACUGAAUUACAAACUUGGUGGAAGGAAGUUGUAGAAAAAGGUCAUGGUGACUUGAAAGACAAGCCAUGGUGGCCUAAGAUGCAAAAUAUUCAAGAUUUAAUCCAAUCAUGUUCCAUUAUCAUAUGGACUGCUUCUGCUCUUCAUGCAGCUGUUAAUUUUGGACAAUAUCCUUAUGGAGGUUAUAUUCUAAACCGUCCAACACUUAGUCGAAGAUGGAUCCCGGAGAAAGGAACUCCGAAUUAUGAUGAGAUGGUGAAAAACCCUCAAAAGGCAUAUUUGAGAACAAUUACACCAAAAUAUCAAACCCUAAUUGAUCUUUCUGUGAUUGAGAUAUUGUCUAGACAUGCUUCUGAUGAAAUCUACCUUGGAGAGAGGGAUGUUAAGUUUUGGACAUCCGAUUCAAGAGCAUUGCAAGCAUUUCAAAAGUUUGGAAGUAAGCUGGCCAAAAUUGAAGGAAAAAUCACAGAAAGAAACAAUGAUUCCGAUUUGAAAAAUCGAACUGGGCCGGUGCAAUUGCCCUAUACUUUGCUUCAUCGUUCUAGUGAAGAUGGAUUAACCUUUAGAGGAAUUCCCAACAGUAUCUCUAUUUGAUUUAAAAUUACGUGUUUGUGUUUUUAAUAUGAUUUGCAUUUGUGAUUUAUAAUAACAUCUGUAUGAUGCUUGUGGGAUGAUUAUUAUGUAUUGUUGUAUUUGGGAGCUCCAAUUCACUCCCAUAUUAUAAAUUAUUUGUGUUUCCACUUACUGCAUUGUCAAUUGAAUUUAAUCAAUGUCAUUGUAAUAUGUUUUCUA